AUGGGGACUUCUCCGGAGCCGGAGACUGCUCAGCGACCGCCGAUGGUUUCGUCCUUGUCUUCUGCCUCCUCCAGGCGGCUGGUGACACCGUGCUGGACGCACGAUGAGACGGUAGCGCUGAUCGACGCCUACCGGGAGAAGUGGUACGCCCUCCGCCGCGGGAACCUCCGCGCUUCCCACUGGGAGGAGGUCGCCGAUGGAGUUCGAGAUCGCUGUCAGAGCGUCGGCGCCGCAACGACGGGUUUCAAAACAGCUGUCCAGUGCCGUCACAAGGUCGAGAAGCUCCGUCAGAGGUAUCGCGCUGAAAAGCAGCGCCUCGCCCUCAGGGGCAACUCUGGUAAACCCCGUUUUUCUUCCUGGGUCUACUUCCGCAAGAUGGACUCCAUGGAGCUCGGCUCCACAGCUGGAGAUGGCGCCAUCCCUUCCAGUGCCCCCCUUUCCUCUUCUUCAGAUGAUGGAAAAGACGACCACAAUGUUAGUGCUGGCAACCCCAAGGAAAGUGCGCCGAUUAUCCAACGCUUCAAUUCAAGGGACGGUGAAGUUGGAGAAGUUGGCAGCAGCCUGGUGAGUGAUGGAUUGAAAUUCCGGAUCCCGAGGGCGUUGCGAUCCAAGGUCAGUGGAACCAGGCCUGAGGAGAGGACGAAUGCACCUGUAGGUGCCGGCAAACCCAAAUUGGGCAAUGGGUUCUUCAAUGGUUUCUCCGGGCCACCAAGACCAUUCGGGUUGGAGGAGAUUGGGCAAGGAGAACAGCAACAGAAGAAGGGGAGUAUAGUCUGGGAGAUGGUCGCAGCAGUGAAGAUGCUCGGAGACGAGUUCACGAGGAUAGAGGAGAUGAAGAUGAAGAUGGCAAGGGAUAUGGAGAAGGUGAGGAGGGAGAUGGAGUUGAAGCGCACUAAAAUGAUCCUCGAUUCCCAACGUCAGAUUGUGGACUACAUCAGAGGUUUGCAUGAGAAAAAUGGAGCCAAGGUCAAGCCCAAGCAAUAG